ACGUGUGCCGCCAGGCUCAGGGUGCAGGAAUUCCAGCAAUGCGAGCGGAGCGAGUGGGCAGCCGGGACGAGCGUGGGACCAGCCUCAGUCUUCCCGCUGCCUUCCAGCCUGGUGGAGCUCCCUCGCCCAGCCGAUACCUCCGCAGACAGGUUCCUGGCUCCCUCUAUCAUAACUAUGUCAGGCCGCACUCCACCUCUGACUAAAAUGGACCAAAAGACAGGCGAAUCGGAUCAGAUAAUGGAAUACUUCAAACAGCAGGUGCAGCUGCUGAAAGAGAAAGCAAUGCUACAGGCCUCAGUCCGAGAGGAGAAGAAACUGCUGGUGGAAAACGCCAAACUGAAAAAGGACAUCGAGGAUCUUAAAAAAGUACUGCAGGAGAAGCAAAAGAGGAGAACAGCACGACAAGCAACCCCUGCCCAGAACGCCCCCAAAUCCACCGCUCCGGAGUGUGGUACCCCGACGGCCCAGGCUGUGCCCGCUAGCUCCACCCCCUCCGCCGUGGACAAGAACCCGCAGAAGAACGAGGGAAGACGGAGGAGAGCAGAAAGGAAGGGAGAGAGGAGGGAGAAGAGGCUGGACUCGGCGGCUCUAGACCAGGAGCCGAAGGUGGACGUGUCCCGGCUGGACCUCCGGGUGGGGCGCAUCGUAACGGCCCGGAAGCAUCCGGACGCCGACUCGCUGUUCGUGGAGGAGGUGGACGUGGGGGAGGCCGCGUACAGGACGGUGGUCAGCGGCCUUGUGAAGGACACCCCUCUGGAGCAGCUGCAGAACCGGAUGGUGGUGCUCCUGUGCAACCUGAGGCCCUCCAAGAUGCGGGGGGUGCUGUCCCAGGCCAUGGUGAUGUGUGCCACGUCCCAGCAGAGGGUGGAGAUCCUGGACCCCCCCAGCGGUGCUGUGCCCGGUGACAGGGUCACUUUCCAGAGCUUCCCUGGAGAGCCGGACAAGGAGCUGAAUCCCAAGCAGAGGGUGUGGGAGCGUGUGCAGGCGGACCUACGCACCGACGGAAAGUGCGUCGCCACCUACCAGGGGGCCGCGUUCGAAGUGCGAGGCAAAGGACUCUGCAAGUCCCAGACCAUGAGCCACUGCGAGAUCAAGUAAAAUCAUCACAAUCAUCUGCGUUUAGCCUGGGCUACGUUUCCCAGAAUCAGCAUAAAAUCAUCACAAUCAUCUGCGUUCAGCCUGGACUACGUUUCCCAAAACCAACACGGCUCCAAGAUCAUCAUAAGAGUUCUCAUAAGACACAUAACUCAUAUUUCAGCGGUUUCCAAAAACUAACCCUGCACUCAAAAAAACUGUCAAAACUGAAAGACCGCCAAUACUGUAGUUUGAACCAACUGACGCCAAUAAAUAUAAAUGUCUUGUUUUUUUCCCCUCGAUAGUGUUUAGGCGUUAUUUCCAUUUCUGUCACCUUUUACAGGGUUACAUUUGAUUGGUCCUUUAUUUUAAUAAUACAAUGUCAUCAUGUGGAUGGAUGUAUUAUAGCAGUCAUAAAGAUUUACGCCAGAAAUCUUUCCAUGUAUUUGUUGCUCAAAAUUAUGGUCAAAAUAAAAUUACAUUUUUAGCACUGUGCUUUCUUCACUCA